GUCACUUGGCAAAUGGCAGCUAUUUACUUAAUUAAUAUUAACUAAAUACCAUUGAAUAAUUAAUUAAAUUGUAAUCUUUGUGCCUAGUAUUUUUAAAGUGAAAAUUAUGUCUCAGUUAGAUAAUCUUGAAGCAUUAGAAAAGCAAUUAGCUGAAUUGCAAAUGGUAAAAGAAAUGUGUACUACAGGGAAAGGGAAGAAAGUGCCGCCUGCUGUGCCUCCAAAGAAAAAAACUCAGCCGCACGUUCCUCGCAGCGCUUUAAACAGUGAGCCAUCCUAUUCGACAAAAAUGUCAACAUCGACAAGUAACAAUGAAACUUACAAUACCUUGCCUAAUAAAACUUUGAUGUCACAGAAAGAUUACGCAAAUUUAAACCACCUUGAAGACGACUUCGAAUCUUCUACAUUAAGACAAAAUUUAAGUAACACGACUUAUAGUAACUUGUCACAUUAUAAGGCGAAUGAUAUGCACAUUCAAUUACCACCCCCUCCACCACCACCACCAUUAACUACACACACAACAUUGCAGGCUCCUCUAGGAACACACAAUCUACAAUAUAUGACACUGCCAUUACCUAAUCCUUCUUCAGGAGUCCACCAGGAAUAUAUGAUGCCAGUAUUGUCCAAGUCUCCUGUAACUACAAACAGUGAGGAGUAUAUGCCACCCCCAUCACCAGUAAGUUCCAACUACAGUGAAUUGGCUAGAGCAAAUGCUAAUUUGAAUUACAACCAUGAUAGAACAUGUCCUCCUGUUUAUCAGAAUAAUUUCCCUGAAUACAACAUGUCACAAGCUCCAACAUAUGAAUCAUUCUAUGAACCAAUCAGUCCACAUCCCUCCAGUAAGACAGCAAUGCAAGAAAAUAAUUUAAUUACAAAGAAAGAAGCUUUAUCUAAACGAUCACCAUUGCCCAAGGAACAAGAAGUAGAUGCUUUGACAAAUCUGCUGGUACAAUCAAUUACAGACAGUCAAGAUUUAGAUGUCUUUGGAAUAUGUGUGAAGUGUGGUGAACGAAUUUCUGGAGAAAACGCAGGCUGUACAGCUAUGGGAAACACUUAUCAUGUUCACUGUUUCACUUGUCAACGUUGUAAUGUAAAUCUCCAAGGAAAACCAUUCUAUGAUGUUGAGAAUGAACCGUAUUGUGAAGCUGAUUAUUAUGACACAUUAGAAAAGUGCUGUGUUUGCCGAAAAAUAAUUUUAGAUCGUAUUCUACGUGCUACUGGAAAACCUUAUCAUCCAACUUGUUUUUCUUGUGUAGAGUGUGGUAAAAGUUUAGAUGGGAUACCGUUUACAGUUGAUGCCAUGAACCAAAUCCAUUGUAUUGAUGACUUCCAUAAGAAAUUUGCACCACGUUGCUGUGUAUGUGAACUACCAAUUAUGCCAGAAGAAGGUCAAGAGGAAACUGUGAGAGUUGUUGCCUUGGACCGUAGUUUCCAUGUUAAGUGUUACAGGUGUGAAGAUUGUGGCUUACUGUUGAGUUCAGAAGCAGAAGGUCGAGGUUGUUAUCCACUUGACGAUCAUAUACUUUGUAAAACUUGCAAUGCACGUCGUGUUCGUCUUUUGACUAAUGUUAUGACUACAGACUUAUGAAUUGUGCAUUUUUGUUUAAACAUCAAAUGAUACUAUGUAUAUAUAUAUAUAGAUAUCUAUUAUUAUAUUGAUUAAUAUCAUAGGAGUUUAGCUCUGGAAGACAAUAAAAAGUAUUUUGUAAUAUAAGGUUUUUAUAAAAAAUUAUUUAAAAAAAGUACUAAAAGGAAACUUUCAAAAAGAAACUAGGAAAGGUUAUCAACAUAGUCAAUUGGAAUUCUUUCUUAGUCUGCAUUAAAUGUGAUAGAAUAUUGUUAUAAGCAUUAUAAAAGUUAUCUAGUAGUUAUGUAUGGAUAUACUAGUAAUUCUCUGCUAUGCUGUGACUCACUAAAUGUAUGAAAUACAUCUAUUGGUCGAUAUAACCUGCUUGAUGGUACUGAGACUAGGAUUACAUACAUUUAAUUUUGACUUGUGAGCAAUACGUUUUAUAUUGAAUAUGAAAUAUUUACAUAUUUGCUUUUACAAAUAAAAGUGCAAAGCACAAAGCAUUUUACAGUUUUACAUUUCUUAGUACUAAGAAUUAUUUUUAUAUUUUUUUAUUAAUCCAAAAGGUUACUAUUGCUAUAAAUAUAUUUGUAUAUAA